UUAUCUCAACUGUCCAGUUAAAACUGCAGACUUCGCUCAAGAAACCCUUUUCACUAUUUACCACAAGGUGGCAACAUGUGUUGACGGCAUCUGAUUUUAACGUAACAGUCUUUUUGCCUGCCCUUUUUCUUUGCGCCUGGUGUUAAUUUGGAUAAGGCCCAAUCUGUAAAUCAGAAUAGGGGGCGGGAAUUUUGUCGUUAAUCUCAGGGGCAGUGUUGCAACCUCUGUCCUUUUUUAUAUCGUAUACAGUCAUGGCGACAGCAAAUACGAGUGGAAUUACGGAGCGUGUUAACAGCCAAGGAGGUUACCGUCGGAGGAAAGGUCCAGGCACCCUUGCAGCAGCUUACCUGGUUAUCUACAAUGUGGUCAUGACAGCAGGAUGGCUUGUGAUAGCUGUUGGCCUUGUCCGUGCAUAUCUAGCCAAGGGUAGCCACCAUGGGUUGUAUUUUUCAAUUGAAAAACCUUUAAAAUUUUUCCAGACUGGAGCUCUACUUGGUAUUGUGCCAUCUUCUGUGGUGUUAACGGGCUUUCAAGUGAUGUCACGCGUUUUUCUGACCUGGGCUGUAACAGAUAGUGUUAAAGAGGUGCAGGGUGAAGAUAGUGUCCUCCUAUUUGUUAUUGCCUGGACUAUUACAGAAAUUAUUCGAUAUUCCUUUUACACUUUCAGCCUGCUUAACCAUCUUCCAUAUCUUAUUAAGUGGGCAAGGUACACUCUUUUUAUUGUACUUUACCCAAUGGGAGUUACAGGAGAAUUACUCACAAUAUAUACUGCAUUACCUUAUGUCAGGAAGACUGGGCUAUAUUGCAUCGUUCUACCAAACAAAUACAAUUUUUCAUUUGACUAUUAUACAUUCCUGAUCCUGGUUAUGAUUUCCUACAUUCCACUUUUCCCUCAGCUCUAUUUCCACAUGCUUCAUCAGAGGAAGAAAGUUUUGUGCAGCACAGAGACGAAGAAGUCUGAAUGAAUAAGGAAAUGUUAGAAAACGUAUCUGGAAGUGAAUGCUGAAAGUGCAGUUAUCAGAUGCACUUAAUGUCAGACACAGUUGAAGAUAUUUCAUGGAAACCAAGAGCACUCAAAUGUCUAACAGGUUCAAGAAGAGUAACUACAAUAUUUGCAGACUGAAAUGGGAACAAGCUUUGAAAACUCUCGACAACUUUUGUCAGCCUUUACAGGAAACUUGUACACUGUGUAUUAAUAUAGCCCUUUUUGUACCCAGAGUUGCUGUACCUUUCAACUGCUUGUCACAAGCAUGGAUUUAGUCAUAGUUCUAGUCCUAUGGGAUAAGUAAGAGAAAUGUUACAGUUUAGACUCAUCAUGUAAUUGCUAUCUGCACUUUAGAUCUUUUUACCACUAAUCUUGUUCCAGAAUAGAAUGCACUAUCGAGCUCCUCAGUAUAUUUUGUAUGUGUGUUUAAUGCUUUGUAUUCCAGUUUAUCAUUCUUAUUCUUGUUAGCUAUGUAUGAAUUGCAGGGUUUCUGUGAACAUUUCAGAAAUCAACACAGUGGUGUAAACUUUUAAAAAUGUGGUGCUCUGCAUUAGAUUUAACCAAACAGCUUCCACAAAAUACAUUGAGCGCAUAUGGAAAAAUAUUUAAUUACUUUGAAAGUUUGCUUAAGUUAUAUACUGAAUUGCACACGUCUUUAAAUCACUGUAAAACACGCGCUCAUACUGCAUAACCCAAAUGCUAAUGGUUGUUACCAUCAGAAUCUCAUUUUUCUUUUCUUCACAACUCUAAUGUCGCAGAAGCAAAGGUCACAUGAUGCUUACAAGUAAUUGGCAACGUACUACAUUCCAGUGCUUUUGCCAGCACCCUGCUUACAUGUCUGUGAUGGCUGUUGUAGAAACAUGCCUUAAAGGCAGGUGCCUCUGCUGUCUUGAUUUUUGCUGGCUGCAUUUGGAGGUUCCACUUCAAGUUGGAAAAUUAUUUUAUAGAUUGUUUGCAUGGAAGAUUUAGUCAUGGAGGUGUAGAGGGCUUAACUCAUCAAAAGUUUACACUGGU